CCUUCCCCAGCGAGGUGGUUCGCAGUUGCUGCUGCUGCGAGGUGACAGGGUGAGCACAAGGCCAAGCCACGGCCACAGCACUGCAGUGCCCGCUGCCACUUCGCUGUGCGAUGUCGAUGAGCGGAGACCUCGGCUUCUGGGUGUGGCUUUUGAGCAGAGACAAGCCGCGUGGAAUAAGGCAGCGUCUUUUCGGUAUCUGCGUCUGCAGUUGGGUUCCCCCCAUAAUCGGAGCCGCCCUGAGCGCCAUGACGGGAGCGGCGGCACUGCUCUCCAGCGACCUCGUGGCGGCGACGGGCCCCGCCAACAUGUGCUGCGGCAUCUACUCGUGCAUCGGCGGCAGUUUCACCUUCUUCGCGAGGCGAGAACGCGUCCUGGUCAUCUUGACGGACAUGCGUGCCGUCGCCGUGGAGAUCGAGAUGAAAAUCGACUCGCACCACGGAGUGCAGAUGUUACUGGCGUCUUUACAUCGCAUUUAUCACCGACUAGUAUCAGUACAGUGCAGCAUCGGCGUCCUCAUGGUCACUGGUGUGGUCUUGCCAGUGCUGAUGACGGGCAGAACGUUUCAGCCAGUGUGGCCGCCUCCGCCCAACGACACCGUCGACCUGAUCAUAGGCAGCCUCCAGGCUAUCAUUGCGAUCACGGGAUGCAUGGGUUUCUACGCGGCCAUGGCUCUCAUCACGUGCCUGCAGACGUCUCUCAUUGGGCAGUACGGCGCCCUGAGCGCGUGGCUGCAGGCAGCGCAGACCGAGGAAGACUUGAGGCGGGCCAUCGCGCUGCACCAGAAGGUCAUGCGUUUGGCCCGGCAGGUGGAGUUUCUUUUCUACGACAGCUUGAUACAUUUCAUGGUUUGCUGCUUCUCAUCUCCUCUUAUCAGUGCUCUGCAGGCAAGUGGGUAUAAACUUUAA